AUGGCGAUCUUCUUGGCCCACGAGGUUUUCUCCCACUUGGCUCCAAUGUCUCCCUCCACAAACCUCUUCCGAACCUGCUUCUCUCUGGCCGAGGGCGAGAUCCUGAUCUUGAAGUCCGUCAACCACAGCUUGUUGAAGUUCAUUGCCUGCCGACGGACUCCCGUGCACGGUCCGUCCACUAGAGCCGUUCUCUGGUUAAUGACGUCGAUAAUGACGCACAGCUUUCCCUUGUCCACCCCGUCAGCGACCAACGCCACUCGCCCCACCUCUACAAAACGUUUAAACACCUACGGAGAAAGUAUACAACGCGAGGAAUAUGCAAAGCUCUUACCAUGACGGUUCUUUGAUGAUAAAACCGGAACAGUCGUUGAACACGCCACGCGGUCAAAACCACAAAAGCGCAUG